AUGGGUGAUCGCGAAAAUGGCUGGACAACGGUUGGCCAUCGAAUUCUGGGCCACGGCCAUCAGCUUGGCACUGGCCGCGAAUGGAUGAUGCAGCGAGAGUUGACCGACCUUGAAGCUAUUGCUGCGUGGGACAGUGAGGCACAAUGGCCCAGCAUAAACAAGCCACUUUUCGAUGGCCCCGAGGCCAAAAAGUUCGACAACAAACUGGUGAAGCUCCACGAUUUGGAUCAAGGCGCAUUCGGCAGGGUUGACAAAGUUAUGCAUGGUUCAGUUUGCUUAGCAAGGAAGCGCAUACCGAGGCGCCGAGGAUUUUCCAUUGACGACUUGCGCAAAGAAGGGCUGAUGAUGCGCAAGUUGGAUCACCGCCAUGUGGUCAAGUUGGUUGCGACGUACGCUCCGAGGUCCCACGAAUUGUGCCUAUUGAUAUGGCCGGCCGCUGUUUGCAACCUUGGUAGGUUGCUGGACGAUGUGGAAAGCCUGCGCUUGAAGGAGGGAGACCGCGAGGACAUUGUUGAACGCUUGACGGCUCUGGACCUCAGAGAUUUGAGCGCAAUUGAUCCAAUGGCCAAAGAUCAAUAUUUAACCCCGAUACCUGAGUCGUGCCCGUUUGACUUUUUGCGCACAAUUAUUGGCUGUGUGGCUCGCGCAAUGGCGCAUUGCCAUGCGAACGACGUCCGGCAUCUUGAUAUCAAGCCGUCCAACAUUCUAUUGCAUCCAGGUCGAGUCUACUUGGCAGACUUUGGCAUCUCUCGAGAUGUCACUGGCCAGGAGCAAACAACAACAGAUGGUAUGCCCGGCACAGAACGGUGGCGAGCCCCUGAAUUAUACGGGGAACAUGGCUCCAGCAUGCAGCUGUCAGAUAUGUACUCACUUGGCCUAGUAUACCUCAAUAUUGCGACCGUUUUAUACGACGCAAGAUUGGCAGAUUUUGAUGAAGCUCUAAGCUACUCAGGAAGAUUAUCCCGUGAAGAACAAUUACGGCUCAGGGAGGACAAAGUCAAGAUGCACCUAGAUCGACUUACAGCCCAUGCAUUGGUCAGGCCACCAUUUAUGUUUACCUAUGAAGGGCAAGAGACAGUGCGGCCACGACCACUAACACACCUGAUAUCCCGUAUGGUGGCUACCAACCCCAGACACAGAUUGACUGCUGCGAAAGUCGAUGAGAAACUGUCUAUGCUCGGUGGAAUUAACCAAAUUUACCACGCUGAUUGCUGCAAGCGGCCCAUAUCCUGGGUUGAGGACAAGUGGGAUAGGAAGUUUGCCGGCCUCAUUGCCCUGCAGAAGGAAAAUGAAGCACAUCGCAAGAGGAUUAUGGAGCUGGAGGGCAAAGAUCAGACGUACGAAACGAGACUGGAGAAACAACGGCAGAAACAUGAACAAGACAUUUCAAGAUUACAAACACUGCUCAAGAACGCAGAGGAGAAAUGUCAGAGGCUGGAAUCCGAGAUGACAGACCGUCGCAAGGUAUCCCACAGCUCGCGAGGAUCUCAUGGCCAUGAUGUCCCGCGGCCAGUUUUAUCGGGUGGGCGAAGGCAGCCAGCUGGUUCUGCAACGACUCAAGGUGUUGGACUCGGGUUGAACAGAUCUAGUCUGACUACACCGAAAACCACGGUUGCUAAACCCCCUCCACAGCAUAUCCCCCAGCGCUCCCAGUCCAUCUCAAGUACUCCUUCAGAGCGUCCCACACAGAAGAUGCGAACCCUUCAAAGCAGCCCAGCCGUAACACAGUCAUCAGAUGCCAAAUCCUUGGCCGGUCAGCGCUCGCCCAGCAUCAGCGGUAACCUGGCAGGCUACGCUCUACGCUCGCGGGGAUCAGGGUCCAAGCUCCCUUUGCCUGUCACACCGAGCCGGACCAACACGCCAGUAUUCAACCGCGACCAGAGCAUGACGGAUAGUAGUAUGGCUUCAUCUGUGUUUUCUCGAAAGAGUCUCGAGACACUACCUACUCCACCGGCCCAUGAUAGCCCCAUCAUACAGCGUGCAGACGUGUCUAGUGAGAACGCGCAGCCUCAAUGGGGCCAGCUUGGGGGCAGACGUGGCCCUCGCAUAACUGAUGAGACAGCCCUGAGGCCCUCCACACCUGACAGCCCGCUGCCGCCCAUAUCACCGUCUGCCAUGUCAUCCCCACAAACGCUCAGAUCAGAUAUUCUUACGGAUGGCGGCGAUGCGAACGCUACUUCAAGGCCUCCGCCUCCCUCAUUGCAACCCAUGAAGAGCUGGGCUGAUGUGGCCAAAUCUGAAAAGAAACGGCAAGCCACGCAAAAGUAG